AUGGCCAGGUACCACGUACUUCUAAUACUAGGCCUAAGCGCUUACUAUAGCCAUGCAGCGUCUAACCGUAUGACUUACUGUGAGUACAUGGACAAGAUCGGAGUAAAGGAUGAUAGAUGUACCAGGAAAGUGCGACAGAUCGAGGAAGCAGAAGACGGAAACGGUAAGCCAACCAAGUGGACGGAGUCGGCGGACGGGCCGGUCAAGAAGUUUAAGCCUCGUUUCCUGAUAGCUACCAUCUGGAAACGGGUUGAUAACGAUAACGAAGGCAUUCAGGCAAGGCUUCAGCGUGAUCGUGUCAUGAGACAACAGAACGAAGCCCAGCACGGUGGACCUUGGACGCCAGACACUGAUAACAAUGGUUUCAGCUACAGAAACGGUAAUAAUGGGGACAACAACGGAAUGAACCUUGUAUUUGAUAACAAGAUACAAGACUCCCAGAUCUUUCCACCAAACAAUGACGACACGGUACGUGAAGUUCGGAGAAAGAAGAUUUUGUUUAACAACAAUAAUAUUAAUGAUAACAUAGUCAACCGUGAGACGUCAGUGUUCGAUCCUCUACCAACAAAACCAAUCUUCCAGAGAACUGAUUUCGAUACCAAAGUAGCUCAACGCAGAAUUCAGAAUUCCGAUGCUCAGCCAGAACAACCAACCAAUCCUGACGCCAUUCCCAACCCGACAGUCCAGCUAACCAAUCAGCUGAACCAAUUCCUUCACCACGAGAACAGUCUGCUCAAGAUCAAGAUCUUCAAGUUGAAGCGCAAACAGCGUCGCCUCAGGUCCAAGAUCCGUGUCCUGAAGUGGGCGGUGGCGUUGCUUCAGAAGCGCGUAGCCGAUCAGAAGGCCGAACGGAAGCGGCGGCCGAAAAUGUUGGUCGCCAAGUCGGAACGCCUAACCACCGCCGUUCUCGCGGCUCCGGAGCGGCCCAUCGUCGCCGACUCCGCUCACUUGGAGCAUUAUUCUUCUGGAUUUAGGCGUUCAAGGGACUCUGCCGAGCGUGCCACCCGUUUACAAACAAUGCUACUUAAAGUACAAUCCAAGAAACUGUUUGCGUACGCCGUCCUGCGAAAGUAA